AUGCCACGCAUUACAUCUCCAAUGACUGUUCUUUCGGAAGGAAUUCGGAAAAUUAAUAUCCAUUUAAACAUUGUCAUUGUCUUGACAGUGAUUCAAUUGGCCGCCACAGUACCAGCUUUAGUAAUGCCUUGUAGAUAUGGUCUGUAUGUGCUCAGCUUAGUACAAUAUUAUAACUCAUUCUGGAUUGCUGGGCCGAUGCUGGUUUUUGCCCUUUCUGGCCGUUAUAUCAACAAAAAUCUAACACUAGAAGCUAUAACAAUACAUAAAGGGUUGAAUAUCAUAUGUAUACUUUGUGUUGGUGCGGGUUACGUUAUUCUGGGCUUAACCUACCAAGCAUUACUCUCAGUCAGCGAUUCGUCUAUUUCGAUUUCUUGUGGUUCGGUGCUCGUUUCUUUUAGCCAAUAUCAAACCAUAGCUAUCGUCGUUGCAGUUAUACAUUCUAUCGUCUACAUUUAUUACAUGUCGGCUUGUGGAACAACUUGGAGAACAUACAUUAUUUGUGUUGCAAGUAUGGCUUUAUUACAAACUGGCAGUAAUUCAAGAAUUCCGGUGCAACAACUACGCGACGAACCUCCCGAAUAUGGGCAGGAUCUCGAAUGUAAUUUAAGGGAUAUAUUGAAGUAG